AUGGCAUCGGUCGUGCUAUCCACCCUACCCCCGAUCUCGAACGAGACAGACCCAACUCCGCCGCUACUCGUCGUCGACCCGUAUUUCGGUCAGCCUGUCCAGAAGGCCAUCGGCAUCUUCACAUUUGUGAUAAUCGCAGUGGGUCUCGUGGGCAACUCGGCCGUUAUCUACAUCGUGGUGCGUUACCGUGACAUGCACACGACGACCAACUUCUCCUUCGCCAACCUGGCGCUGACUGACAUCCUCCUGUUGGUCUUUCAAGCCUUGUCCAUCACCCUGGACAUCUUUGGCUACGGUGUGUCGGUGAGCCUCAACUGCUGGCCCACGUUCUACCUUCGACACGUUAUUGGUGAGGUGACGGGUCUUACGUUGGCGAUGAUGUCAUACGACCGAUGGAGAUUGGUUGCGUAUCCGCUGGAGGCCGUCAAACACACCGAAAGACGCAAACGGGUCUUUCUGUUCGGUAUAGUCAUUCUGUGGGCUGGUAAGUGACAUAUCAGGCAACGGCCAAAGAAACAAAGGUUAAGGACAUCUUUCUAGUGAUUUAGUAUUCACGGUU